AUGGCGUCUUCAGGCGCCACGCCGACGUCAACAUCGGCAGCUUCGUCCAACCCAGCUGCUGACGCGCCAAGCGAUGCAAAACUACCAAACCGGCCAAAGCAAAUGGUCAAUGACCCUGCCCGCACCGGCUUUGACCCAGAGACGAAAUGGUGGAUGAACUACUUCAAGAUCCUGACGAACCAGAUGACGCCCGAGGGCAAGUUUCACUAUAGAGAAUGGCGGUACAAGGUCCACGAAGAGCGGGACUGCAAACGUUGCGAAGAGUACAAGGAUUGGCUAUUCACAUACUCCCCCGUAGUUCGCUUCCUCUCAGAGAAGAUCCAAGACCUCAAUGGCCAGCUUGGGCCCUCAAACAUCCACUGCCGUCGAUGUCCCUCCAUCUUGGAGCAGGAUGGGACGGUGAGCCGCCAGGCUGGCGGGUUUGACCCCAACCACGGCAUCUUGAUAUGUGCGAACGAGAUGCGAGAUCGUAAGCACAUGGAAGACACGGUAGCACAUGAAAUGGUUCACGCAUGGGACCAUUUACGGUGGAAGAUGGACUGGAUGGGAGACAAGGACUUGAAGCAUGCUGCAUGCACGGAGAUCCGAGCUUCGAUGUUGAGCGGCGAAUGUCGAUGGACAAGAGAGGCCUUCACAAGAGGCCAGUGGUCCGUCACGCAACAAUUCCAAAACUGCGUCAGGAGACGAGCAAUACAAUCCGUAAUGGCCCGACCUCGAUGCAAGGAUGAUGUACAAGCCACCAAAGUUGUCAACGAAGUCUGGGAUUCAUGCUUCUCCGAUACCAGACCAUUUGGCGAAGUAUACAGGUGA